GGGCGAGUCCGAGCCGGGCGCGCGGGGGUGCGGGCGGCCGCAGCGCUAGGCUUCUUCCGUAGCCCCGGGGGCUGAAACUUCCGUGGGAGGCGCCCAGCGGCGCGCACCUCCGAGGGCGCAGCAGCCGGGGAGAGGGGGAGCCAGACCCAGCGCGCGGCGGUCGGAGAGCGGUGGAGGGGAGCGGGUGAGCCGCCCGCUUGGACCCGCGCCCAGCAGCAGCCGUGGCCGCCGCCAGCCCGGUCGGCUCCCGGGACUGCGGAGGGCGCGCCGGCCCCCUGUCCUCGUCCUGGACGCCUGCGUGCGUCUGGAGGAUCGACCGUCUGGCCCUCGGAGCGGAACGUGGGGGCUGCGCCCGGGGGGGCUGCCCGGGCGGCGCGGCCGGAGCCAUGCGGACCGAGUUCCGAGCGCCGAAGGCUGAGCGCGGCCGGCCGCUGCACUUGCUGCCCGGAGACCUCCGUCCGCUGUCCCCCUUCCUGGCCCCUUCUCGUCUCCCGAGAGCGGAAUAAAGGCGGGGAGACGCGCCCCGAUUCGCGCGCGGGACGCUGAGGCUUAAACUCUGCGGCAGCGCCCACCGGUCGUCCGGCUCCAGCGAGCGUCCCCUCGGGGAUGCACGGGGAGGGUUCCGUCGCGGGCGCAGCCUCCGGGGGCCCUCUGACUCGCUCCCUCAGAGUUCUGUUGGCGAGUGCCCAGGAAUUCAAGGCAGCCCCUGCUGGGACCCGGCCGAAGGAGGGCAUGGCUUAGCUCUCGGACUUGGCGGCGGGGGCGGUGGCCCGCGCGGAAGGCGCCGCGGAAGGGACACUCGGCGAAGAGGUCCUGGCCUCAGCACCGCGGGGACCGGGACUCCGGGCCGCGACCGCCCGGAGUCGCCGCUGCGCCCUCUGGAGACGCGCCGCCGGUGCCCAGGGUGGUGCCAUGUGGGGCGGACGCCGCCCGGCCGCCUCCUCCCGGGACGCCGCUUCGUUCCUGCGGCUGCUGCUGGCCGCGCUGCUGGCGGCGGGGGCGCGGGCCAGCGGCGAGUACUGCCACGGCUGGCUGGACGCGCAGGGCGUCUGGCGCAUCGGCUUCCAGUGCCCGGAACGCUUCGACGGCGGCGAUGCCACCAUCUGCUGCGGCAGCUGCGCGUUGCGCUACUGCUGCUCCAGCGCCGAGGCGCGCCUGGACCAGGGCGGCUGCGACAACGACCGCCAGCAGGGCGCCGGCGAGCCGGGCCGCGCGGACAAAGACGGCCCCGACGGCUCCGCAGUCCCCAUCUACGUGCCCUUCCUCAUCGUCGGCUCCGUCUUCGUCGCCUUCAUCAUCGUGGGCUCGCUGGUGGCCGCCUGCUGCUGCCGCUGCCUGCGGCCCAAGCAGGAGCCCCCGCAGAGCCGGGCGCCGGGCGGGCCGCGGCUGAUGGAGGCCAUUCCGAUGAUCCCCAGCGCCAGCACCUCGCGCGGCUCCUCCUCCCGCCAGUCGAGCACGGCCGCCAGCUCCAGCUCCAGCGCCAACUCGGGGGCCCGGGCGCCCCCCACGAGGUCGCAGACCAACUGCUGCCUGCCCGAGGGCACCCUGAACAACGUCUACGUCAACAUGCCCACCAACUUCUCGGUGCUCAACUGCCAGCAGGCCACCCAGAUCGUGCCGCACCAGGGCCAGUUCCUGCACGCCCCCUACGUGGGGUACACGGUGCAGCACGACUCGGUGCCCUUGACCCCGGUGCCGCCCUUCCUGGACGGCCUGCAGACGGGCUACCGCCAGAUCCAGGCCCCCUUCCCUCACACCAGCAGCGAGCAGAAGAUGUUCCCAGCUGUGACCGUGUAGCGCCAGGCGGGGCCGGUGCCCGCGCCGCCCAGGAGGGCGGAAGCUGUGGGCGGGGGAGGCGUCUCAGCGCCGAGGUCCCGGCGCGUUGGCGCCGUGUAGGACCCCAUCCUUUUUGGAUGGGCCUCCUUGGCCCCCAGACUGCGUGAAAACGCCUGUCUCUCACUUCGCGGUUCUGGAUGCGGUUUCACGGAUGAUUUAGGAUGCUGCCCAUGGCUGUGUGACAGGUGUGAGCCCUGAAGUGCCCUUGAGGUAUGGCAAGAGGAUUUUGUAAACUGAGAGAUGAAGGGUUUUUCCUCUUUUGCUAUUAUUGCUUCUUCUCGUUUGUCCUUGUAGACGUCUGGACGGAAUCGCUCUAACCUCCCUUUCCCCUGGGCCGGUGUCUAAUCAGCAUCCUUGGUGUUGGGGGGGAAGAGCACAGUCACCAUGAAAGGACCCCGACUCGGAGGCCGAGGUUAGUCCUUGAUCUCAGCGUUUCACAGGCACAUCCUAAUCGCAUUGUAAACAGAUAUAUGUAUAGUCUAUUUUUAUGCUUGGGGGGGGGGGUCUCUUGGGUGCUUUUUUACCUUGCGAGGAGAUCUUAUCACACAGGGGUUUUCUACAUUGUAAAAAGCGACCGAACGAAAUCGGUAUCGUGACUUAAAUGAGGCUUCCGACCUCUGGGAUUUUAGCCGUGGCGUGUGCUGGGUGGCACAGUAGGGAAACUGCGUGCCCCCUCUUGAUGGUAUAUUUUGAAUUCCUGACCUCGAGGGGCGUCUGAGAAGACGUAAUUAGACUUUUUGUAUUGAAAUCGCAAACUCUCAUCAUCUGCUACUUCCCCAGGGUCCUUUUAGUGUGGCCACGGGGUGUGGCUUGGCGGCUCACUCUCUUUGUGCUCCGACCUCCCUGUCCGCACAGUAACUGAACGCAGGUCAUGACUCUCCUUAUGCAGGAGCAUCGGCUUUUCUGCCCAGAUCAGAUGAAGCAUUUUCUUGGCUUCCCCGGGCAAAUUCAAAGACCUGCUUUACAAAGCUAUUUCGUGUAGCUCCUUAGCCACAGUCUGGGACUUGGGUUGAAAUUUAAAACCACCACUACGAUUGACUUUGCAAAUCCUAGGCUUUUUGGACUGUUGUUAUCAAAAUGGCUUAUUUUUCGAGCAAGAGGGACUGUUACAUUGAGAAAAGCUUUUCAAGGAGCUAUUGCCUUUCUUCCCCACAAAGUUAGUUUUUGGUUUCCUCUCUUUUCGUCCUCACGAAGCACUGUGUUCAUUACCAGUGUUCUGAAUGAAGAAAUUCGAGGGGAUUUCUUUGUGUCCUGUGUACUUACAAGAAGCAAGCUGAAGUAUGUCCAAGUAGGUUUCCAGUUGCCACCAAAACCACGCUGUGUAAUUAGGCAGUUGUCAGGCGUGGUCUUUUCCAUAUUUAUCUCUGCGUCUGUAGUUAUCUGUCUGUCAUCGGACAUCAGUGCACACAUUCUGUCACCCGUCUGUCUCGUGACUGGAUAAUGUCAAACCAUCGUUGGCAGUUGGUACUCACAAGGCUACCCCAUCAAAUUUGUUUUAAUAACCAAAGGCAAAGGAAAAUCAUUUUACUUAUUAAUAAAUAUUUUAUGGUAUGAAUUCCUUGGGGAGUUGAGUUUUUUGUUUGUUUGUUUGUUUUAGGGCCGCACCCCUAAACAUAUGGAGGGGCAUAUGGAGGUUCCCAGUCUAGCGGUCUAAUCGGAGCUGUAGCCGCCGGCCUACGCCACAGCCACAGCAACACCAGAUCUGCGUGGCGUCUGCAACCCACACCACAGCUCAUAGCAACACUGGAUCCUUAACCCACGGAGCAGAGGCCAGGGAUCGAACCUGUGUCCUCAUGGAUACUAGUCAGAGUCGUUUCCACUGAGCCACAACGGGAACCCCUGAGUUGGUUGUUUUUUUUUUUUUUUCAUUUUCUUUUUAUUUGGUAAUUUUUCGAAUGGUCUGCAAAACCUGUUCAUAGAAUUGCUGAGAAUCCUAAACAUUGCUUUCUAGAACCAAGAGCCUAUUUUUGAAAGUAAUUCAUAUCUAGGAAGUUACAAUGUGUCCUGAGUCACUGGGUCUUAUUUUACUGUCCCUUGGGAAAUGGUGACAGCCUAAGACCAAUGGUUCUUAUGGGGUCCUUAUUUUAUCAUGCUGAUGUGUGUUCUGUCCAUUGUCUUUGGUGGAGGACUCCAGCUUAUCUACAGUAAAAUUCCUAGGAAUUUGGAGGUGAAAGGGGCCUUAGAUCACCCGGCCUAGGGAUUGGCAAACUUUUUUUUUUUUUUUUUUUGGUAAAGAGUAAAUAUUUUAGGCUUUGCAGGCUCUGUUGUUCCUCAAGCUCUUGAGCUCUGUCACCGAAGGACAAAGGCAGCUGUAGAAGGUACAUACACAAGCGUGGCUGGGUUCCAAUGAAACUUGAGGAUGGACCCCCAAAGCUGAAUUUCAUAUAAUUUGCAGAUGUCACAUUUUCAAAUGUAAGUGUAAAAGCCAUGGUUCAGUCCCUCAUCUAUCUGGUCCACCCUUACCCACUGCUGGAAUCUGCCUGUGAUGUUCUCAGCCGCCUUUUCUAAACACAGGGAGUGCCGGUGGGUCGAGGACCUGACGAGCAUCCAUGAGGAUGCAGGUGCGAUCCCUGGCAUUGCUCGGUGGGUUAAGAAUCCAGCGUUGCUGUGAGCCGUGGUGUAGGUCGGAUCUGGUGUGGCUGUGGCUGUGGCUGUGGCGUUGGCUGGCAGCUGCGGCUCCGAUCUGACCCCCAGCCUGGGAACCUCCAUCUGCUUUGGGUGCAGCUCUA